AUGGCCCGCGCUAGAGCAGACACAGGGAACUUCCCCAAAGAACCUCAUUCGGUUUCCUUGAAAGGUAAGCUUGCGAUCGCAGAAGGAGAGACUAAGACAGUGAAAUAUGGAAGUCAUUUUUUGAAUGCUGUUCUAUUAUUACAAAGUUCUUACUACUGUUCAACUCUGGGUACUGUUGCUAAUACAAUUAGUUCUAAGGUCGGUGUCUGGUACACUUUUGAUGAUUAUUUGAUCCUGGAUCCCCUUCGUUCUAACCAACUGUUUUUUCUGACUAGACUUUCACGGCCAUCAUUAGCAGAGCAACAUCCCCUCCCACGGGAAUCUGCAAUCAACAUUAGGCAUGACGCUUCACUGGCAUAUCCAUCUAAACACUCCGAUCAAGAAUUCAUCUUGUCCGGUAAUCUAGGGCUCCCGCCUUCGUUUGGCUCUGCUCAUGUGGGUGAAACGUUCUCUUGUGCAUUGUGUGCCAACAAUGAGCUCCUUCCUGGCAAGACCACCAAAAUUCUGACGGGAACGAAAAUCAUUGCAGAAAUGCAAACUCCUUCUCAGUCUAUUCCCUUGGAACUCUUUGCUGCUGAGUCUGAGGGUGAAGGUGGAGAUGGACCCGGUACUGCACUGCAAAGAAUCAUUCGAUUCGACCUGAAAGAAGAAGGCAAUCACGUUUUGGCCGUCAAUGUGACCUAUACUGAAACCUUGACUGGAGGGGGUGGGGCAACUAGUGGCCGGGUUCGGUCAUUUCGGAAGCUCUAUCAAUUUCUGGCUCAGCCGUGCAUCAGUGUGCGGACAAAGGCGACCGAGCUGGCUGCAAUCGAAGUCCCAGACAAGACACAUGGACCAUACGGCCGGACGACUCUGUCACGAUAUGCCCUGGAAGCACAAUUGGAAAAUGUUUCGGAUGCUUCGAUAGUAUUAGAGGAGGCGAAACUUCAGACUAAGAUGCCGUUCAGGUCUACCUCUCUCAACUGGGAUGCUGAGAAGGAGGAUGAUCCAAAUGUGGAGAACCCAGUUCUGGGCCCUAGAGAUGUCAUCCAGGUGGCUUUUUUCGUCAAACAGCUCGAAGGAGAAACGUCUGGUCUCGAAGAGCUUCGCUCCAGCUUGAGGCGUGAUGGCCGAGCUGUUCUUGGACAACUAGCAAUACAAUGGCGGACUGGGAUGGGCGAACGUGGUUCGUUGAGUACUGGCAAUCUCCUCACUAGGAAGAGAGCGCCCUGA